AUGGCAUACCAGUUCUUCGCGAAUAAGUCCCAAUCCAGGACCUCGUCCUCUUCUCGCUCACCCCACCGUCAAGUUCGUUCGCAUAAUCCACCCAUCCACCCACCCCCUCUUCAACCACCCGCUGUCGCAAACAGUGGCCCGCCUAAUGUCAGCCCGGACUCUUUCCCGCCAUACCCUCAUGAGAUCCCCGCGGGUUACGCGACAGCACACCCAUGCAUAACAGUGGAGACUGUGAAAACAGCCCAUAUACCUUCUUUGACGCGUAUUACGAGUACCCUUUUACCGAUUCGGUACCCAAACUCGUUCUACACAGCUACCAUCACUGACCCAGUCAUCGCGUCGCUUUCACGCGUCGCAAUCUACCAUGAUCAUCCUGUGGCCGCGGCACCAGAUACAGGAGUCUUGCCGGGUACGGAUAAAGUGAUCGGGGGUAUUCGAUGCCGGCUAGAGAGACAGGGGCCUUGGGAAACGAUCCAUGGUCGCGAAGCUACCAACCUAUACAUUCAAACUUUACAUCUGCUUUCAGCCCAUCGUGGUCAUGGUGUUGCGACUGCACUGUUGAACUCGUUGUUGUUUGCGCCAACGGGAGAUAAAACCAGUAAGCGAGUAUCUGAGUUGGUCAAGCACUACAACAUCGGUUCGGUGACUGCCCACGUCCAUGAAGCGAAUGAAGAUGCAUUGAAAUGGUACGUGUCGAGGGGGUUCAAGAUGGAAGAUGAUGUUAUACAAGGCUAUUACCGACGCCUGAAGCCCUCGGGUGCCAGGAUUGUUCGACUAGACGUACACUGGGAAGACGAAGAAGUCAAUGAAGAUGCCGCGGAGAAGCCAGAAGUCUCCGAAGUCCCCCAAGUGAAAGAAGCUCCCAAGAACUCAUCUCCGAAUGAUGCCGACGACGAGGAAUGGGAAAAAGUCGAGGCUGAAGACGGCGAACAAGACGAAUAUGAGGUUGAAUUAUUGGGGGAGUCGCGAUUUCUCGACGGCAACGACACGCCUUCGAGGAAACGGAAGGCUGAAGAAGAGGAGGGCAAUCAUCCGCAACGGCGAUGA